AUGGGUCAAUCAGACGAUCUUGAAGAUUAUCCAUAUAGUAGGCAUCAAGAAUUAUGCCAAAAACUUAACAUGGAUGCAACAGCAGCUACUGAAGCAUGGAAAUCAUACUUGACUAUUCGUCAAAAUUAUACUCUUGAGGGUAAUCCGAUGCACUGGAUUGUAUGUGCUGUAUACGUGGCGUGUCGUGAAUCCUCUACGCCCUCGGCCGGCAGAACUGGAUCUAAUCUUGAAGGGAAUCCUAUUUCUCUAACUCGCCUGCUGAAAUUAUGCAAAUUGCCAUUAAUACAGUUUUUUUCAAAUUGUAAAUCAUGGGCUGACAUGGCCCAUAUGUCUCAAAGUUUUAGAUCAAAGAUUGAUAAAAUUGAACGUAAUUUUACGGUAUCAAUGAUCAUAUUCAAAAAAUAUCAGCCAAUUUUCACAUUUAUAUUUAGAAACCCAGUAGAAGACUCAUCAAGACCCCAAAGAGUAAGAAGACAUAAAUCAGCGCCUUGUACUCCUUCAAAAGUUUUCGAAUUUUGUUGGACACUUUUUAUUUGUGUUAAGGGUGCUUUUCCGGAAAUAUCUGAUGAUCUUGUUAACUCUUAUCAUCUUUUGUUAGUAUGCUGCGACUUUGUCUAUAGUAAUGCAUUGCUUGCUGAUCGAAAAGAUCUGUUGAAUCCUAACUUUCCUGGUUUACCCCAAAAUUUUAAUGACGAGAACUCUGAGCCUCCACAAACUGCUAAUUGUAUCGUCAAUUUAUUGUGUGAACAACAUGACGCUAUCGCUGUGGAAGCUAAAGUUAUAAAAGAAUAUUCUCUAAAAGCUCACCUUAACAAACUUUUCAGCGAAAAAAUUCUACGAGGUGACCAGUCAAAUUUUUCUGGUAUUCUUGAGGCUGCCAAUUUUGAGAGCAACCAUAAAUCUCUAAACAGAGUUUAUGAACAACAUGUCCUGAAUAUGGGAGAUUUCGACGAGAGAAUUUUUCUUGCUGAAUGGAGAAGAGUUAAACUGAAUGGGAUAUCUAAUUCAAUACUUGUUAGCGACUGUGAUAUUAUUUUGAGAACUAAAUUUGCCAGGAACAAUAUACUUGAAGGUGCAGACGCAAGUGAUAAUAUUGGAUCUCCAACAAAAAUGUUGAACAUAGAUUUGCAAGAACAAUUCCAACUAAAAAGAGAGCAAAUACGUGAUUUGGCACCACCAACUCCUCUUACCGGACGUAAAUAUCUCAAAAAUAAAGAUAUGCCGCAUAUUACUCCCAUUACAACAGCAACUCAGAGUGUAAGUCGUUUACAAGCACUUCUCGCCGGACGGCAAGCUGCUCCCAAUGAAGUGUUACUUGAAAUGUACAGAAGCUGUUCAACUGAUGUCAAAAGUUUCGUUGAAACUAAAGUUGAAGAAUUCAGUGAAAAAUUUUAUGUUUCUUACACUCAAAAUGUAGAAGAUGCUGAAUCUCUCAGUUUAGAUUUUGGUAAAAAGAGACUCAUACUUGGUCAAACAUUAUUUUACAAAAUUUUAGAAUCUAUUCUAAGUUAUGAGAAAAAAAUAAAGCCUGACUAUGAUAUUACGAAUCUUUUACUGAAUGAAGUUUUCCUUUUAUGCUUGUUCGCAUGCUCUAUAGAAAUAGUAAUUUGGUCAUACAAAAAUACAGAUCGUAUUUUUCCAUGGAUUUUAAAAGCUCUCAAUCUGGAGCCUUAUAAUUUUUAUAAAGUAAUUGAAGUAACUGUUCGUGAAGAACAUCUGCCGAGAGAAGUUGUUAAACAUCUUAAUGAUAUUGAAGAAAAAAUUCUUGAGACACAAGCGUGGAAAUCUAGUAGUCCUUUAUGGCAAGCAAUUGAAAAUACUCCCGGUGGGGUACCGAGUUGUGAAGAAGUUAUUCUUCCAGGCAUGUUAGAUUCUUUAGAUUCAAACUCGUCGAAUCAAGCGACAUUGAGAAGAGUGGCAUUAGAUAGAGGAACAACUCACCAUGAUACUCAGCAAAGUCCGAUCUCAUCAGCUUCCGAAAGAUUUCAAUCUCCGGUAACUUCAUCUGGUGUAGCAAAAAAACGGUUAUUUAAUGACCCAUCGAAAAGCAGUGGACAAAGUAUUCUCAAAGAUAAGUGUACCCAAAAAAUCAUAAUUGAUUCUGAGUCUCGCGUCUAUGUUAUCCCAGAUACUACACAAAUGAGAUCAUCUAAUACUACAGCACUGGUUAACGUUAAUCGUGAGUCUAAUAAAUCACGAAAAACUGGAUCUGUUGCAUUGUUUUUUAGAAAAUUUUAUAUCCUUGGAUCAAUUCGAAUGCAAAGUCUCUGCAAUUCACUUUUAGUAACAGAUAUUGAUAUUAAGAAAAAAAUUUGGACUAUUUUUGAGUACUCAAUAAAAGAUCGUACAGAAUUAAUGAAAGAUCGACAUUUAGAUCAAAUACUUAUGUGCGCAGUCUACAUUGUUUGUAAGCUUGUUAAAAUUGAACGUAAUACAUUUACUGAAAUAAUGCGUUGUUAUCGAUUGCAACCACAAGCUGAGUCGCACAUUUAUAGAUCUGUACUUAUAUCUAAAAAUGCAAACAAUGACAAAAAUUCAAACAAGAAUGACACUAAUGUUGAUUCUGAUUCUAUGGAAGUUGAUACUCAUAAUGCAACCCCACCAACACCAUCCAACAUGGCAGGAACUUCCCAAAGCUUUGGUGAUGAAUGCCGCGGUGAUCUUAUCAAAUUUUAUAACACAAUCUAUGUUCCUCAAGUUAAAGAGGUUGCUAAUUUGUCUCGUGGCAAUAACUCUACUCUUCCACUCAGUCCUCUACCGAAAAGUAAUUCUGCGAUAAAUUCACCUAUUAGACGUGUAAGUAACAGUGUUUUAACCAGAACACUUGAUCCUAAGGCUAUUACUGCAUCACCUGCUCCACAAUUAAGUUACUGUUUUAGUCGCAGCCCUGCCAAAGAUCUCGAAGCUAUCAACCGAAUGAUGAUAUCUGUUGACGCGCGAAAAUCUGUAGGGAAACGACUUUUAUCCGAAGAAAUGGACAUUGAUACAACUAAAGAAAGUCAUUCACCGACAAAGAAGAGUCUCACCACUCCAUUUCUUGCUAAAAAAAUUGAAAAUUUAAUUGGGGAACGUCGAACUCAAAACCAGUAA